GCGACAAGACGUAUUUAUGUUGCUGCAUGUUUUCAACUAAGAUUUGAGUGUUAAAUUUUAACCGACUACAGUUUGUUGAUUUUAUCAUCAUUAGUGUAUUUUUUUUGUUUUGUUCCGGUUUUUUCUGUUUAAUAUCGACGAAAUUUUAUUCGGUGGAAGUGAUAUAUGAAUCAUCCCAUUGAUGAGAUUGGAUUAAUCUUUGGGCAAACAACGUGUGCAUAUUUAAAAAAAAAACGGCAAAAUUCACAAAAAAAAACAAAUGUUCGCAAAAGUGUUUACAAUUUUGUGCAACUGAAAAACAACAAAAAAGUAAAUUCUUUUAGAACGAAUUUGGAUAAACAAUGCGAUUGAGUUAAAACAAAAGAUAAUCGCAGAGUGCGUGAGAAUAUAUACAUUUAAAAUUGCAUUUGCUGAAAAAAGUGUAUUUUAAAAACAGUGCAACUGAUUGCAAACGAACAUAAAACGAUUUUUACAACGAAAAACUAAAGCAAAAAAAACGUUAGCUUAUCGCAAGGCGAUUGUUCACAUGAAAAGAUUUCAAGAGAUUUGGUGGAUUUCAUAUCAACGGUUUUUUUCGUCGGAGCUGCGUUCAUCGAGUGAAUAUCAAUAACAUACAUGCUUAUUAAAAGCAAUCAAAAGACAUUGAAAGAAUUCUAAAAGUGACUGUACUGUACUGUACUGUACUGUAUUUAUAUAUUUUUGUUUUAUUUUUUUUUUUGUUGUUUUGUUUCAUUCGAGUGUGUAUGAAUAGUGAGUGUGCAACGGUUACAACGUAAUCAUAAAAAUAAACAUAAGCGAGAGAGAAAAAAGUAAAAAAGAAAACGCAAAACAAUAAUAACCCGAGAGAGCGAGAGAGCAAAUAAGGAAUUACUAACGAAUACAGAACGUUUUAAACUGCGAACGGAUUACCGAAAAAAAAAAUAUCUACUAAAUACCUUCAAUCUGGAGUUUUUGUGCAUACCGGUCAAACAACGACUUACUUCUGAGUCUUCUGAUGUUGUCGAUGCAUCUGAAAAUGGUAUGACUGGUGGACGAACAGAAUGUGGCAAUUCGCCACGAAUAAUGUCAACGCCAACAAAAAUGGCAAACACAGUAACAUCGUCAACAAUGAAUAAUCUUGGUUCAGUUAAUUCAGCACCUGCUACAAUGGCAGCAUCGUCAACAGCAACAUCACCCAUAAACAAUAUCACAAAUAACAAAACCAGUAUAAGUCAUAAUCUACCGCCACGACAGGGCAGUGCACGUGAACGAGCAUUACAUGCGGUCGAAUAUUAUAAUAGUAAUGUGUUGCGAGUACGUGUUGGUGCUGGCUUAACGGCCCGAAGUUCGGUCAACGAAAGACACUUAAUGAAUGCACGUAAUGCUUAUCAAUCUUCGGCUGCUGUUCCAUCAACAGGUGCAUAUCAUCGUAUACAUUCACAACAGCGUUCAGACAAUAUGUAUCGAUCGAAUUCGAGUUUGGAAUUGAUGCACAACGAAACACCAUCAAAUGGAAAUAAUUCAAAUGGCAACAAUGGUUUGCAUUUGGAGCGAACACAUCCCGUACCUGGUUUGCGUCGCGAAUACGGCAGUCAUGGAAGUAUUGAUGCAUUAGCAUCCACACCACCAAAACAUUCACGUGGCACAAGUGAAAGUUUCUUUGCAAUGCUACAGGAUUAUCGGCCGGCUGUGCUCGGUGUGAUUGGAACGGAUCAACGUUCACCUGGUCCCGUCGAAUACAUGAAAGGCAAAGUGGUCGAACAAACAACCGUCAAAUCAUCGACAAUGACACACACAACGACUACAACCGCCAACAAUACAUCAUUAAACAGUACAACGACACACACUCAACAAAAUUUUAUCAACGAGUCAUUGAGUGAGGAUAGCAUCGAUCGUGGCAGUCCAAAACUUCGAAAUAAAUUACAACGAUUGUGGGGACAAUCAAAACAAACACGCUCAAUGUCAAUUGCUCAUCCAGUUUCGAUCACAAAUGGAAUUACCGAAGAUUGUUGUGUUGCAUCAACACUUUCGGCCGAUAUGGAAGAGAGACAAAAACGACGAGCUUUCGCUCAUUAUGAUUGCCAAUCGCUGGCAGCUAAUUUGGGUUAUGCGGCUAAAUUACGUGGUGUACUAUUGGCACGACGACGUAACACCACAACUGGUGCAUCGGCUGCAUCGAUGCUGAAUACAAGAUCAUCCACACCGGAUUCGGCGCAAGAAAAUGUCGACGAUUAUGGUGAUGGACAAAGCAAUGAAUUGCUUGAGAGUUGCCCAUUUUUCCGAAACGAAGUUGGCGGCGAAGAAGAGAGAGAAGUGAGUCUAACACGAUUCGGUAAUAAUAUGAAUCAGAAAAAUGCAAUCCAUCGACCGGCACUUGCCUAUGGCGUAUCAAUUUUAGAAAGUGAACCAAAUGAAGCACUUUGGAAGGAUAACACCUGUCCAUUUCAACGUACCCAACGACCCAUUGAAUCGGUUGACAUCGGUGCACGAUACUAUCGAAAAUAUUUCUUCGGACAAGAGCAUCAACAUUUCUUUGGCAUGGAUGAACAACUUGGACCGGUGGCAAUAUCAAUAAAACGUGAAAAAUUACCCGAAACAUUGCAACAACAAACGGAACGUGAAAAUGCAAAAGAGGCUAAAGAUGCACCGCAUCUCAUUCGAAUGAUUGUACGAACAUCCGAAUUAUUGACACUACGUGGCUCAGUCGUUGAGGAUUCAAUUCCAAGUACACGUGGUGCUGGUAAACCGGCCACAACCAAAGAUAUCAUCGAAUAUGUUGCACCCGAUAUUCAAUUAUCAUGUCUACGACAAGGUGUGAAUACACCACAAUGUGAACAACAGCUACUGAAAUUGGAUGAACAAGGUUUAACCAAUAAAUAUAAAGUGGGCAUUUUAUAUUGUCGAGCUGGCCAAAGCACCGAAGAGGAUAUGUACAAUAAUGAAGAAGCCGGACCAGCAUUCACCGAAUUUCUACAGACAAUCGGUAAAACUGUAUGUCUUAAAGGAUUCGAUCACUACAAAGCCGGUUUGGAUAAUAAAACCGAUUCGACGGGAACGCAUUCAUUGUACGCUACUUAUCAGGAUUGUGAGAUUAUGUUUCAUGUGUCAACAAUGUUGCCAUUCACACCGAAUAAUCGACAACAAUUGUUACGCAAACGACACAUUGGCAAUGACAUUGUAACCAUUGUAUUUCAAGAGCCGGGCUCAAUGCCAUUCACACCAAAAAAUAUUCGAAGUCAAUUUCAGCAUGUGUUUGUUGUGGUUCGUGCAAUUAAUCCAUGUACAGAUCAUACACAGUACAAAGUGUCGGUGUCACGAUCAAAGGAGGUGCCAGUUUUUGGUCCACCGAUUCGUGGAAAUGCCAUCUAUUCAAAGGGCAAAACAUUCAUGGACUUUUUAUUGGCGAAAAUCAUAAAUGCUGAGAAUGCAGCACAUCGUAGUGAAAAAUUUGCAACGAUGGCAACACGUACACGACAAGAAUAUCUUAAAGAUUUGGCAACAAAUUACAUCACAACGGCAAUGAUUGAGAGUGGCAGUAAAUUCUCGAUAUUCAGUGCUGGAAAGAAGAAGGAACGUCAACGUCCAAAGUUCAACGGAAGCGCCAUUCAACGUGGUGCAUUCUGUUGGCAAGUUAUUCUACACGAUGGCGGUCAAUUUGUUGAUGCAUUUUUGGGCAUUUCACACGAUACAUUCGUACUGAUGGAAGAGUGUUCACGGCAAAUUGUUUUUGUAACGCCAUGCCGUUCGAUUUUGGGUUGGUCAACAAAUGGAUUUUGUAUUCGCAUCUAUCACCAUCAAAGCGAAUGCAUUACAUUGAGUUUACGUGAAUCGGCCGAACGUGAUGAGCAAUUGGAAGUGAUUGAACGAUUGCGAGCCGUUACGCCUGGAUGUGGUGCAAUUGAAUUGAAUUUACGUCGUAAUCAAUUGGGCCAACUGGGUUUUCAUGUACAACCCGAUGGCGUAGUGACACAAGUCGAACAACAAGGUCAAGCGUGGUCGGCUGGUUUACGACAGGGACAUCGUUUGGUUGAGAUUUGUAAGGUGGCCGUUGCCACAUUGUCACACGAUGAAAUGGUUGAUUUGCUAAAAACCUCAACCCAAGUCACUGUCACCGUCAUCGAAUCGCACAAAGAUCAUUCGCCACGUCGAGGUUGCUUCUAUCCACAAUGUAAAUUCAAUAUCAUCAACUAUGAAAUCGAUUACGAUUUGGAUGAACCGUCGAAGAAGCCACCGAAACACAAGAGCGUUACACAUUCAUCGCAUCGACGAUUUGAACGAAACUUUUCACCGCCACGAUCGAGUAACAGCUCUGGCUACGGUACUGGAAGCAGCAGUCGUUCUUUUGGUGCCCAAAAUAAUGAAAAUCAUCCAAAUACAAUGCGUUUUAUUAGCGGCAAUGGACAUGAUCAUACGGGCACUUUAACAUCGUCAUCAAGUGGACAUUCAUCCAAUGAUGAUCGUUGGUAUGAAAUUCUUGAAGUGCCGGACGACGAUAAAGCCAAACAUCAACAACGUUAUCAAAAGUCACCACAAUAUGCACCACAUCCAAAAUUAAUCAAUUCCAAUUCGGUUCCAAUCAAUAAUUCACGGCCACUUUCGAUUCACGAUCCAAAAUUGGCUGCAUACGGAAAAAUGUCCGCACCACGGUCGGCAAAUUCAAAUGGAUCCGAUGACACUGUGCACAGUCAUGAAAUGCAACAUGCGCGUAAUAUACUGAAAAAUACAUCACCCGAAGGUAGUCAACUCGAUAAUUGUUCCAUUGAACCCAUUUAUAAUCUGUCACGAAAAAGUAACGAAGACGAACUUGGCAAUGGUAUUCAAAAUAUGGACAUUUCACAACUUAAACGAUCGUCAACUGCAAGCAGUGUACAAAAACCGAAAAGUAAUGGAACCGUAUCUUCAUCAGCGUCAAAUUCGAGCAGUCGUAACAACAGUCCACGACCAUUGACAGAGGCACGACUUCGACCCGGCGUUACAAAUCGUAAUUUGAAUCAUUUGCAACAGAGGAAUAGCGUAAAUUACACAAAUAGUACAUUACAAGAGGAUCUCAUGAAACUCAUCAAUCCAGAUUAUAAUAUGACCAGCAACGAUGACAAUUUUCACAAUGGUGGUUUGCAAUCGAUCAAAGCGCAAACACAGAAAAACGCACAGAACAGUCAUAGUUUGGGGAACAUUGCGGCGCUCAAUAAUGGCUUGAAACCGAUGAGUGUCACCACAACCGAUGACAUAUUUUUGAUGCGUAAAAAAUCACGAUCACGUGAAGGAAUCAAUCUUGGUUCGCACACCGUACCAAUAUCGGCCGAUUUAAAAAUAAAAAAUACAAUCGAAAAUUCGGAAAUGUUACACAAAACAAAAACAAAUGGAUCAAAUCCAGUAAAUGAUUCGGAUAUUAUUUUAACAACGGCGCGACCAGCCACCGUUAUAUCAUCAACGAACGUACACUCACCAUCGAAGGAAGAGAAUGUACUGCACAUUCAUGAAGAUAUAAAUCCAACGCCACGACGAAUGACGGCCAGUAAUGUCGUUAAUAAUAACAAUAACUUGAAUAACAAAACCACAUCGGCCAAUGGUCAAGUGAAGAAAAGCAAGGAAAACGACUAUUUCAUACCGCCACGAUCUCUGCCACUGAUACCCGACACAAAAGAUGUUGACUGGAGCAGUUUGGUUGACAGUGCAAUUACGCAAAUUAACGAAGGGCUAAAGAAACAUUAUUACGAAUCGGGCGGAAUUCCACCGACGUCAAUUAUGAACACGACGAAUGGCAAUCAAACCGAACGACAACACGGAAACAAUUCACCAUCGUACGAAUCAUUGUCAUCGACAUCGUCCACAUCGUCCAGUUCUGGCAGUGCAAAUCGUACACAAUCAAGUUUACCGGAUCUACAAAAUCAAGUCACACAACUUGAGGACCGUAUCACAAAAGAAACAAAGCGUCGAGUAUCAUUGGAACAUGCCGUACGCAAGCUCACAGAAGAAAAUCGCCGGCUGCAAGAUGAAUCUCAGGCUGCAGUACAACAACUUCGCCGAUUUUCAGAGUGGUUUUUUCAAACUAUUGAUAGACAGACUUAAAUUUAAUUUGACGGUCUACUUUCGAUGUGAUUAGAAUCAUCCAAAAAUUUAGCAUAUUCAACAUGAUCCAAUCAACAAUAAUGAAUUCAACGGCAACCUGUGUAUCCGAGUUCAAAAUGAAGAAAUCAGUGUCUUAUUUUAUGUCCUUGUAAAGUUAGAAUGGUUUUUGUUUGCAUUCGCAUUCAUAUGAAUUGAAGAUAUUAAUUUACAUUAUAGCCUUAAAAAAAUGUCGUUUUGUGAA